AUGCCUGAUGAGACCUUUCGCUUCCUUGACCUUCCUAAGGAGGUCAGGUUCAUGGUGUACGAAAAUCUUCCUCGGAUCAUCAGUAAUACGACAAUCGAGCCUCACCCCAGUGACUACUGGGCUCUUCGACACCAGCCAUCUUUCACACUCAUCCACCGCAGCACUCACACUUCUAUUCUCCGAGUCUGCAAGGAAAUUCACGAAGAAGCAGCGCCGCUCAUUCACAAGACGAUCCGAAAUUUCAUCCUUGAGGCAUCGCCCAAGGUUGCAGGCAUCAUCGAUCCCUACACCCACGCCAAAUCCCUAACACCGAUUAUAAGAGCUGCAGCACGCGACUAUGCUCACCUCCGCUCAAGAUUGGAUCUCGUUCCAGUUGGCCAACACGCUACUCCGGGGGCUCUUGUCAACUACGAGAGCAGAACAUCCAAGUUCCUCCAACACCUUGCCGAAGCUCCCAAAACCACUGCGGAUUUGGAUUUAUCAGACUUGCCCGAAAAACCUCCUGAGGACAAGGAUGUAUUCUUACCCGGCAGCAUAACUACAAAUGUGCCCUCUUUCCCACACUACAGGAUCAGCGAAGCCGAGAAACGCACGAUACGCACUUUCAUCACCACGGCCUCGAUACAACUCCUCUACCACCACAUCAAGCGCAUGUCCCACCCAACGCUCAGCAACCCCUCCAUCGAGUUCGUACGCAUCUGGAAUCGCGAGGCAAUGGCCGAGCUUCCAGAAGUCUAUUACGGACUGGUGUGCGAGAUGGACUUCGUGACGGCCUUUACUGUCAUGGGUUGGGGUUUCCGCUCCAAGUGCUAUGACUUCGGCGUCGAUAUCGUACUCGGGGGGUACGUGCCGAUAAGCAAUGGCCAGCGGCCGUUGCUAAAGCAAGAUGCUUUGGUCACCUUGCCGACAAAAUAUGGGCAUGUGAGUAGAGUUAUCACUCCGGGAGCUGGCAGAGUGAUGAGAUUGGUAGAACCUAUGCCGGAGAAGAUGUGGAGGGAUGGAUGGCUUUCGAAUGAGUAG